AUCUCUACAGUCAAAACAACUGUACUAAGUCAUCUGAAGGUGGGCUCUUCCUACAUGGUGAAGACCUGAAUUGGACACAGAAACCUACAGAGAGAGAAGAGCAUAUCAGAAACUACACAGAUCUUCCAGAACAUGAUCAGAAGAUAGCAUCAUACACCAUGAUCAUGGCCCCCCGGAAGAGGAAUCGUCAUGCGUUGGGGUUUCUUUGUUGUUUUGGGGGUAGCGACCUCCCUGAAAUCAACCUCAAGGACAAUAACCCCCUGCAAUUCCUUGAGUUUUCUGUCCCAAUCCCACCAGCAGAAGAGCUCAAUGCCAGAUUCUCCGAACUUGUGGAUGAAUUGGAUCUCACAGACAAGAACAGAGAGGCUAUGUUUGCACUCCCUCCAGAGAAGAAAUGGCAAAUUUACUGCAGCAAAAAGAAGGAACAAGAAGAUCCUAAUAAGCUUGCUACCAGCUGGCCAGAUUACUACAUUGACCGCAUCAAUUCCAUGGCAGCAAUGCAGACUCUGUAUGCUUUCGAUGAAGAAGAAACAGAAAUGAAAAAUAAAAUAGUUGAAGACUUGAAGACAGCUCUGCGGACUCAGCCCAUGAGGUUUGUGACCAGGUUUAUUGAGCUGGAUGGCCUGAGCUGUUUGCUGAACUUCCUGAAGAGCAUGGACUAUGAGACCUCAGAGAGCCGUAUACACACAUCCGUUAUAGGGUGUAUCAAGGCACUGAUGAACAACUCCCAAGGACGGGCUCACGUCCUGGCUCAUCCAGAGAGCAUCAACAUCAUCUCCCAAAGCUUACGGACUGAGAACAUUAAGACCAAGAUUGCUGUGCUGGAGAUCCUAGGGGCUGUCUGCUUGGUACCAGAUGGUCACAAGAAAGUCUUGCAAGCCAUGCUUCACUACCAAGUCUAUGCUGCAGAAAGGACAAGAUUUCAGACAUUGUUGAAUGAGCUAGACCGAAGCAUGGGGCGAUAUCGAGAUGAAGUAAAUCUCAAAACAGCCAUCAUGUCCUUUAUCAAUGCUGUUCUGAAUGCUGGUGCUGGUGAGGAUAAUUUGGAGUUCCGAUUACACCUACGGUAUGAGUUUCUAAUGCUGGGAAUUCAACCUGUCAUUGACAAGCUAAGAGGACAUGAGAAUGCCACACUGGACAGACACUUAGAUUUCUUUGAGAUGGUCAGAAAUGAAGAUGACCUGGAACUUGCCAAGCGGUUUGACCUGAUCCACAUUGACACAAAAAGUGCCUCUCAGAUGUUUGAGUUGAUCAAAAAGAGAUUGAAGCACACAGAUGCCUAUCCCUACUUGUUAUCCAUCCUCCAGCACUGCCUGCAGAUGCCAUAUAAGAGGAAUGGAGGAAACUUCCAGCAGUGGCAGCUGUUGGAUAGAAUACUCCAACAAAUUGUUCUUCAGGAUGAACGAGGAGAUGAUCCUGAUAUAGCUCCAUUGGAAAACUUCAAUGUCAAAAAUAUCAUUAAAAUGCUGGUGAAUGAAAACGAAGUCAAGCAGUGGAGGGACCAGGCAGAGAAGUUUCGGAAAGAUCAUGCCGAGCUGAUGAGCAGGCUAGAGAAGAAGGAGCGGGAAUGUGAGACAAAGACCCAGGAGAAAGACGAAAUGAUGAAGACACUGAACAAAAUGAAGGACAAGCUGCAGAAGGAAUCCUUGGAGUUGCGCCAGACCCGGGACCAGAUGAACGACCUGGUGGCUCAACUUAAUGAGUUCUCGCAAGGGGGCAGCAUUUCCUUCCCACCCCCACCACCCCCCCCUCCAGGUGGCCCAUUAGCUUUGUCAUCUUCUCACAUGUCUGAGAAUUUGCCACCACUGCCACCUCCUCUGCCUUUCUCCAGCUGUCCCCCUCCUCCUGCUCCACCACCUCCUCCAGGAGGACCUCCUCCCCCACCAGGAGCACCACCUUUCUUCAGCAUGGGGAUGCCACCCCCCUCAACAACCGCUUUCAGCAGCAGUGGCACCAGCCUGAAGAAGAAGUCGAUCCCGCAGCCUUCACACCCACUGAAAUCCUUCAACUGGGCUAAGCUGAGUGAGGAGAGGAUCCAUGGCACAAUCUGGAAUGAGAUUGAUGAUUUAAAGGCAUUCAAGGUGCUGGAUCUAGAAGAUUUUGAAAAGAUGUUCUCCGCAUAUCAGAGACACCAGGAUCUGCUAACUAACCCCUCCUCCUGUAAGCAGAAAGAGAUGGGUUCAACAGAAGACCUUUACCUCUCCACACGAAAGGUGAAAGAGCUCUCUGUGAUUGAUGGCCGGAGGGCCCAGAAUUGUGUCAUUCUCCUUUCCAAGCUGAAGCUGUCUAAUGAAGAAAUCAGACAAGCAAUCUUGAAGAUGGAUGAACAAGAAGACCUAGCAAAAGAUAUGCUUGAGCAGCUGCUGAAGUUUGUUCCUGAAAAGAGCGAUACUGACCUGCUGGAGGAGCAUAAACACGAAAUUGAGCGGAUGGCCCGGGCGGAUCGUUUCCUCUUUGAAAUGAGCAGGAUUGACCACUAUCAGCAGCGGCUGCAAGCAUUAUUCUUUAAGAAGAAGUUUCCAGAAAGGCUGGCAGAAGCAAAACCAAAAGUGGAAGCCAUUCUUCUGGCAUCCAAAGAACUCAUCCGAAGCAAGCGUUUGAGGCAACUUCUGGAGGUUGUUCUGGCCUUUGGGAAUUAUAUGAACAAGGGCCAAAGGGGAAGUGCUUAUGGCUUCAAAGUUUCCAGCCUGAACAAAAUUGCAGACACCAAAUCCAGCAUAGACAGGAAUAUUACACUGUUGCACUACUUAAUUAUGAUCUUUGAGAAGAACUAUCCAGAUAUCCUAGAUAUUCAGUCUGAGUUGCAGCAUCUUCCAGAAGCAGCAAAAGUCAACCUGGUAGAGCUGGAGAAGGAAGUCAACAACAUAAAGACUGGAUUGAAAGCUGUUGAAGCUGAACUGGAUUAUCAGAAGAGACGCAUGAGGGAAUCAGGGGAUAGGUUCGUUCCUGUCAUGAGUGAUUUCAUCACUGUGGCCAGUUUCAGUUUCUCAGAGUUAGAAGACCUUCUCAACGAGGCUAGAGACAAGUAUGCCAAGGCACUGAAGCAUUUUGGAGAGAGCGAGGGCAAGAUGCAGCCAGAUGAAUUUUUUGGCAUCUUCGACACUUUCUUACAGUCAUUUGCAGAGGCCAAGCAAGAUCUGGAGAACAUGAGGAAGAAAAAGGAAGAAGAGGAGCGCAGGGCACGCAUGGAGGCCAUGCUAAAAGAGCAGAGGGAAAAAGAGAGACGACAAAAGAAAGCGAAAGCUGGAAGCAUCUCUGAAGAGAGUGGGGAGUUUGAUGACCUGGUGUCAGCAUUAAGGUCGGGUGAAGUCUUUGACAAAGACUUAUCCAAGCUCAAGCGUAACCGCAAGCGUUCGGGGAACCAAGGCUUAGAGACAAGCCGGGAGCGGGUGGUGACAAAGCUAAAUUAUUAACGACAAGAGGAAGAAAAAUAAUCAACCAAAAGAAGGUGUUGAAAAAGUGCAAAACAAGGAAGACGAAUGUGUGCGAUGGCGCCUGGCUGACAGCUGCCCCAAAGGAUUUCUUUGGUCUGUGGCUAGAGACGUUACCUUUCCAUGAUCAGCUUUCCUCUCAUCCCUCUUCUGUGCUCCUAAUUUGAACCAUUAUAAAAGUGCCUCUGUGGAACCAGCAGGGCCUGUGACUGGGCCACGCAAAGCUGACAGAUUUGCUUCUGGGAGUUUAUUGUGUCAUCAAAGGCCUCAUGGUGAUGACAGAAAGUACUUGGGCCUUGUGGACUGCCUCACAGCUGGAGAAAGAUAAUUUUCUGUGUGCCAAAGUGAAAGCUAGUCACGAUCUCCAUCUUGCUGAUAACAAGCAAGACUAAUUUCAGAGCAGCUCUGUAAAUACCUGUUGCUUCUUCCCCAUCUAGAUUGGCCUUCAGGGGCUUGUCAAGAUGUGGUUCUUGAGGUUUCCAAUUCCCUUCCAAAACUGGAUUUUAUAAGCCAUUGAUUAGCACCUGAAAAAUGCUUUUGAUCUCAUGUUCUGUGUAGCAUUUUUGUGUGGCCUACACUGUCCUAAUCAAGUGAUGCUCAGAAGGAAGUAAUAAGGUUCAGGAACAAAUUGAAGUUCAAGAAUCAGGAUCAACAUAAAAUACUUUUCAAAAGCCUUUUGAAUUCUGCUUUUCUAGAAGCAGUUUUCUGGAAUUUGUUGAUGGUUGAGCCUUGAAGCUAUGAAAUGCAUCUUCUAGAAAGAAGCUCUGGCUUUUCUUUAGAAAACCAAGCCACUGCCAGGUUGGGGUUACAGGUGUAUGACGGAAGCCUGUUGGCAUUGCUGGAGGGUGGGAGGGAAACAGAGGAAUGUUUCUUACCUGUUUGUGCAAGAUUUCUUAGUGUGACCCAAUGGAAAUUGGGAGUUCCCUGGUGUCAUCCACAGGUCACAAGUAGCAAAAAACAAACAGGGUCACUGGCUGCAAAAAAAAGAGAUUUCCUUUCCACUUGAUGCUAGCUGUGAUUGCUGUUGGCAGGAACUGGUCUUUCUAACAAGCUGACCUUCACACCCCACUCCUACCUAGGGGAAUCAUGUAACUCAGUAAGAUAUGAAUGGUGUCAAAGGAGAGCCUUGGAGCCCACAGCCUUUUUCAUUUUGAAGGGAUCACUUGGGAUGAACCAACAGAGGGUCCAAUAAUGAAAACAGAAUUUUCCAGGAGGGCACAGAAUUGUGUAAGCUAAGCAGGCUUUGGAGAUGGGUUAAUUCAUAAGAAAAAAAAAAAAUUUAUUUAGGCUACACAUAGGAAACACACAGUGAAAAAAGUAAAGAACCCCAAGAAGCCUGAAUUCAGUGUGUAUUCGUGGUGCUAAGAAAGGGAUUGGAUUAUGUAGGCUGUCAUGGGCUUUUUUUUUUUUUUUUUUUUGAAUCUUGUCUUCCUUUUUUAUUAUCUUCCCUGGACAAGGAAAAGAGGAAAAGAAAGAAGUGGUGAUGGAUUCUUUCUCCUAGACAGGAAGAAAAGUGGAAAAGAGAGAACAUUUGAGAAGAGGGACCUACAAACUAUGCACCAAUAGGCAACAGCACAAAAUAUCAAAGAAUCCCAGGGAAGUGAAAAAAGCUCUAUUUGUCACUUUAAUCAUUUGGUUUGAUUUUUCUUUGAAUGUCACAUAACCUCAGGCUCUGCACCAAGUCUGCAGAACAGAACUUCCUCUGCCAUGCAUGCUGCCUGAUCAGUAUUACACACUACCGAUAUUGGAGAAGCAAACUGUGGUGGUUUUCUGAACACUUUGAGAGUAAAAUAAUUAUGUGAACUAUGGAAAGAAGCAAAAAAGUCAGAAUUGUUAAACUCUAAUGUUUCAUUGUUUACUGAAUUUUCAGUCUCCCACCCCAGAAUUUCCCUAUUUACAACAUUCCAGACUGCCGCGCCUCUGUAUAAUACUCAUCGUAAAGAGCUGGUAUCUUACAAGAGCUGGGUGCAUUCUCCUCCCUUACUAUCCCACUCCCCUUCUGGGAUUAGCUAUUAACAGCAAUGCCCACUACAGUGGACACAAGCACCUUGUAGAAGAAAGACUGUAUUUCGUAAAGGUUUUUGAAAGUUUAAGAAAAACUCUCACUUUUUAAAGCAUUUUUAUUUUAAAUUACAAAAUGGAUUUUUAGAAAUAUCUCUUGUAAAUUAUAUUAACAAGCUCCUUGCUGCUCCCUGAAGUAGACGUGCUAUAUCCCAGCCCUUUUUGUUUGUCUUGUUUUAAAGCAUGCCAUAUAACCUAUACCAUGUAAGCCAUAUGAGAGGUGGUAAUAUGUGCCAAAUUGGUAUGUUGAAUUGAGAUCUGGAUAAUCCAUGAAUUCCAAAGAUUAUGCCUUUAGGGAUUAGAACACUGUAGUUUUUUCCCCCUCUUUGUUCUCCCUGGGUUUAGGACUCACCCAAAAAUUCAGGUGUAGUGCCAAGGUCAGCCCUGGUGCAAGAUGAUGUGACUCAUGGCUCUGUCCAACUUACAGCUGCUUGCUUGCUCCCCAGGUACUUGUUUGAUAAAGCAGACUGUCAGCAUGGCAGUGCUGUCAGAGAAGAAACACCUCAGGGCAAAACCCUUGAAUAUAAAUACAGCACUUCCCCCUCCCCGGUAUUUGUCAAACCAGGUUUGUGCUGUGCUUUUUGAAACUGAAGUCACUUUGCCAGGCCACAAAUGUAGCAAAAACAGAGAGACUGAUAAUCCCUCUGUCCAUUUGUGUACACAAUUGAACCCCAGUUCCUGUGUGAUGGUACGCGGUGCUCUGGCCACACUGACAGAGUCAAAGAAAGCUGCUGUAGUUUUGCCACCUCCUUGACUCAUACACAAAUAGUGAGAGAUUGUGCAACUCCUGUAAAUCAGCUGUGGGAUACUUACUGGGACAGACAGAAAGCUCAGAGUCAUGCCCCUCAUUCAUUGCACCUCAAUUUUCUCAGCACUGCAAUGCCCCAGACCUCUGUUUUAAAUCUGUGAUGGUGGCUGAAGGCUUGGACAAGUCUGCCCUGGCUCUUGACUCCAUGGUGAACAUUCAUAAAGAGGGUUUUGGAAAAGCUCAGUUAUACACUGAGGCAAGUGGUGAUUUCAUAUAAGUGGUGACAAGCGGAGAGGCUCAGUAGUAGGUCUGCCUGUAUAAGAUGAGGCUGACCACAGAGAAGAUAAGGAAAAAAGUUGGCUCUGCUCUAGGGCCUGGAGUCAGAUUCUUCCUGAAGCCAAGAUUGUCCUUGCUUCUCAUCUCACUCUGUUCUUCAUCAGCAGUUGUGGUAGAGUUGAGUGCUGAAGGAGAAAUGAAAAUCUUAUUCCUUGUCCUCUAGCAGAGCCUGAGCAUGUAUAGCAAGCAGUUGUGAGGUUGAACACUGAGGCGUAAUCGCUUUAUCACACUGACAGCUGAAGAAGAGCUAGGGUCUGCUGUUGUCCUGGUACCUGUGCCUAGCACCAGCAUUUAAAGUGAAAUCACACUGUCUUUGGAAAUUAGUGGAGGAAGAGAAGAUGUGAGAAAGAAGGGUAUAAUCGAGGGCUUGUUCUGCUUCCUGCAGCAAUGUAGUCAUUACUAACUUUAUGAUGAAGUUCUUCACACCUAGAAGAGGAGAUACCUUUUAACUCUCCAGACUUUGUCCCUAGAAGUCUAGUGCUCACUCACCUCUGUGUCUCUGUGUUGUUCUUAAGCAGGUUGUGUUAGGAUGAUCCUAGAAAAGACUUGAAGAACUCCCUUCCCCUUCCACUCCCUUUGGUCUGAGUCACUCUUCCCAGUUGGUCAUAUGUCUCUGGAAAUGCUACGAGGUAAAGUGACUUCAGGGCAGCAAAGGCCCUUCCAUUCCCUGCAGCACAGCUGUUGUCCAGGCACUGGUUCCCUGCGAGAGCAGAAGUAGGACUAGUGUUCAGGGGUGAGAGAAUCUCUUCUAGGAAGACGUCCUGAGUGUCCUUCAGAAGCAUUUCUGUAACGUGUUCACAGUGUCUGAGGAAGAGAAAGGAAUCGCGAGGGUCCCUGGUGGGAGACUGUGGGGCAGGUGUUUCCAUAACAGUCAGCCCCACUAGCUGAAUCUUUCCUCUUCUUUAGGAAAGCUCAUGCUCUGAGCUGGGUUGCACGGGAAAAGUUUGUGUCAGGAGUUUCCGUGAGGGGAAAGGAGAUCAGUUGUACAGUUGAUGAUGUACAUGAUAUAUUCAGUUUUGUUUCUGGGUUGGUUGUUUUGGGGUUUUUUUUGUUUGUUUGUUUGGGGGUUAAAUGAUUUUUUUUUAAAAAAAAAAGGUUUUAGGAAUCUCUAAGGGGAACCUGUAAAUCUGACACCUCUAUUUAUUUUGCCUUAUUUUAGUUUGCUAUGUUUGUAUGUAUACACUGCAUUACAGCAAAGACUAUUGAGACCGUGCCAGGGCAUUACACCGGCUAGACAGCUGGCUUGGCUAUUGUGCAGCAAGCUGAGCUGGCAAGGGGAUGUGUGUGAGCAGUCUUGGUGUGGAAAGGGAGGGAAGAAAACAACUUUCCUUUUGCUUUUGUCAUAAUCAUCUGCCCCUGGUGCUCCUGGUUCUGGGAAAGUAUGCAUUUUAAAGCAUGUGAUGAACUGAUGCAGACUGGUUAUUUUAGAACCCUUUCUAUAAAACCUGUUUAUUUCUUAUCAUGAAUCAUGGUGAGAAGAUUGAGAAGAGUUAAGCUGCACAGUUGCUCGCUGAAACUUCACCCUUUCACACAAAUUCUCUCCAUAAUGCCAGAGAUGGGCAAAAGUGGUUCAUGCCCUGUUACAUCUCACCAGAAUUAACAAACUGGUGAGACAAACUGGGACAGUUCUUCCUCAGAGCUAAUAUUCCUUCUUAUCUUCAAGGGUCAGGAAGAAUGAUUUUUUCCACUUCCCCUCUCUCUUCCUACACCCCACCUACCCUGAUUAUCCAGGGUAAACAAAAGUCUUUCUACUGGUUAGUUUUCUACCCAUGGAAUCUCUAGCAAUCACCAGGUGUUUGGCCAUGGCUCCUUGGCUUCUGUACUUGACACAGAAAAUUUCUGGUUGCCUGCCAUGCAAAAAGGUAGUAUCUGUGGCCACCUUAGUUUCUGUUAUCAAAGGUUGAGGAGGCCAACUUGGGUAACAAUUUGGCCAACUAAAAAUAUAGAAUUUAUACGUGUGUGUGUAUAUAUAUAUAUAUAUAUAUAUCAAUAUAUAAAAUCUAUCUACUACUAUAAGUAGUAGUUUUGAUGACCAGUAUCCCCUGAAGUUGGCCAGUUUUUGCUCACUGUGCCUGCUGAGAAGGAUGCCAUCAGUCUAGCAUGGUAUUUUGGCACCUCAUUUCAUGAGAGAGUCUGGAUGCUUCCAGACAAGAGUCUUCUGUUACGGAUGGUAAUGUAGAAUAGAUCCCGUGCAACCAGUGCAAGUUGCUCUGAGUUUACACCAGUGUCAUUCUCAGCAACAUCUGGAUCAAAACUCUCCUUUAGGCAGUUUUGUCAGUUUAUGUGUUCCUCAGACCUCAUGAAGGGCUUGGUCUUUUCAGCUGUCCACCACCAGGAGCUCUUACCCAAGUGAUCUAGAAAAGCCUUCAUGACAAGCCAUUUCCUUACAGGCUUUUUAAAAACCUUUGCAGUUUUUAGGAGAAUUUUAAGGGGAUGUCAGGUACCUGAGCCACUCCGUGCUCAACACCUCCCUGCCAAAACAUCCCCACCUUCAGCCAUUCUCUUCCCCUGCAAGCCCGCUCAGCUUGAAACUCGCAGGUCACUUUGGGAGGUGCCCCUGCCUACCAAGCUAGAAAGUACCGUGCUGCUUACUGAAGUGGGAGGUUGUGUGCUGCUGUAAUGCCUUGGCAUAUCCUCAUUCCUUAGUCAGUUUAAGACUAUAAGUGAAUUAAAUGUACAAAUCCUGUAGUGUCCUUUUUAUCUGUAUCUUUUUAUAAGAAUAUACUGUAAUACUAAAAAACAAAAGAAAAAAAAUUAAAGAUAUAUUG